AUGAGGAAACUACUUAUACUUGCAGCUCUCUCUCUUAUGUGCACCUGUCUGGUCUCAGGCACUAGACUUGUGUGCUACUACACAAACUGGUCCCAGUACAGGCCUGAGAAUGGCAGGUUUGUUCCGGCCAACGUGGAUCCAAACCUGUGCACCCACUUGAUCUUCGCCUUCGCUGCCAUCAGUCAGGACCACGCACUGGUCACUGUGGAGUGGAAUGACAUCGAAAUGUACAAGGCCUUCAAUGGACUAAAAACAAGAAAUAUGAAUCUGAAGACGUUGAUCGCAGUCGGAGGAUGGAAUUUGGGAUCACAAAAAUUCACAGCCAUGGUCUCGACACAAGCCAACAGAAAUACUUUCAUCCAGUCGUCCAUUCGCUUUCUGCGGGACAACGGUUUUGAUGGACUGGAUUUGGACUGGGAGUACCCCGCUGCUAGAGGCAGUCCCCCAGAGGAUAAGCAGAGGUUCACACUGCUCUGUAAGGAACUUCGUGAGGCAUAUGAAGCAGAGGCAGUGUCCACCAGUCGUCCCAGACUGCUGCUGUCGGCUGCUGUGGCCGCUGGAAAAGCCACCACUGACGCUGGUUAUGAAGUGGCAGAAAUUGCAAAAUACUUGGACUUCAUAAAUGUGAUGACGUAUGAUUUCCAUGGCACCUGGGAGGCAGUCACUGGACAUCACAGCCCUCUUUACAAGGGCUCUCUCGAUACUGGGGACAAUGUUUACUUGAAUACAGACUUUGCUAUGACAAACUGGCGGGACAAAGGCGUUCCCGCAGAUAAGCUCAAUAUGGGCUUUGCGACAUACGGACGCGCCUUUCGUCUCGCCUCUUCAAACAGCCAAGUGGGAGCUCCGACCAGUGGUCCUGCAAGUGCUGGGAAAUAUACCAGAGAGGCUGGAUUUUGGUCCUAUUAUGAGAUUUGCCCUUUUCUACAAGGAGCCGCAGUUACAAUAAUACCUGACCAGAAAGUGCCGUAUGCCACUAAACAGAAUGAAUGGGUUGGAUUUGACAAUAAAAACAGUUUUGCAACUAAAGUUCAAUAUCUGAAAGAGAAAUCCUUUGGAGGGGCUUUUGUUUGGUCUUUGGACUUGGAUGAUUUCACUGGUCAGUUCUGUGGAGAAGGAAACUACGCUCUGGUCAAUCACCUACGGACACUCUUAUCUGGAACAACCAGUCCUGUUCUGACUCCACCCACACCGGGCAGAACUCCUCCUUCUGCCGGGCCUCCCAUCCAGCUCACUUUUGCUCCGCCCACUGGGGCAGACGAGAAUUUCUGUGCCACUAAGAAUUCCGGCCUUUACUCUAAACCUGGUGCCCCGGGGGAUUUCUACAACUGCGCCAAUGGAAGAACUUACCUCCAACAUUGUCCACCGAGUUUGAUGUUUAAGGAAAGCUGCAAGUGCUGCGAUUACAGGCCGUUAUGA